UGGAUUCAACGUUACAGGCUGAGGGGAAGAUCAAUUUGGGACCUCUCUUCCUCACAGACAGGGUCAUGGAUAUGGCGAAGGCUCUUAGCUGCUCGUGGAUGGUUCCAGUACAGGUUUGCUACUACUUCAGCAGGGGAAGUAACUUGGGAAGGGAAGGUGAUGGCUCGCUUUUCCAUCCAGCAGGUUUUCGCAGCCUUCUUUGGCGGAAGUUCUUGGCCGAGCUCGUGGGAUGAUCUUCUGAAAUGGAUAUGCAGCAUUGCCAAGCAAGGGGGUAAAGGCCAGGUGAAGAGUGCAUUGUGGUGCUGGUGUCUAAGUAUUAUUUGGAAGGAACGCUGCUUGCGUAUAUUCCAGAGCAGCAAAAGAGAUUGCAGGUUGCUUAUACAACAAUUAGUUGAAGAUUUCAAUUUCUAUGCUAUGGGGAAUGUUAAUUUUCUUAUAGAGAUUAGAGCGAUCCCCAGCUCAGUAGUCUGCUAGUUUUUUAUAGUUAGACUUUUGAUUCUUGUUUACCUAUGUAAAAGGGAUCAGUGGAGCAGGUCUGUUGCUCCUUGUUUUUUUGGGGUCCUGGGUUUUUCCAGGCAGUGCUUAAAUGAGAUGGCCUAUAAUUACCGGAAAAAAAAAUUAUAUUUUCUGAAAUAAAAUUAAAAUAUGG